AAGACAGCGACAUGGCGCCUCCGGCCCCCGGCCCGGCCUCCGGCGGCUCCGGGGAGGUAGACGAGCUGUUCGACGUGAAGAACGCCUUCUACAUCGGCAGCUACCAGCAGUGCAUAAACGAGGCGCAGCGGGUGAAGCUGUCAAGCCCAGAGAGAGACGUGGAGAGGGACGUCUUCCUGUAUAGAGCGUACCUUGCGCAGAGGAAGUUCGGCGUGGUCCUGGACGAGAUCAAGCCCUCCUCGGUCCCUGAGCUCCAGGCCGUGCGCAUGUUCGCUGACUACCUCGCCCACGAGAGCCGGAGGGACAGCAUCGUGGCCGAGCUGGACCGAGAGAUGAGCAGGAGCGUGGACGUGACCAACACCACCUUCCUGCUCAUGGCCGCCUCCAUCUAUCUCCACGACCAGAACCCAGAUGCCGCCCUGCGUGCGCUGCACCAGGGGGACAGCCUGGAGUGGGUGUUGAGUCCGGGCAGGGCCCUCCAUCUGCAAGCACAGCCCAUGGAGGCUGCUUCUCCAGAUGGGCACACAGCCAUGACAGUGCAGAUCCUGCUGAAGCUGGACCGCCUGGACCUCGCCCGGAAGGAGCUGAAGAGAAUGCAGGACCUGGACGAGGACGCCACCCUCACCCAGCUCGCCACUGCCUGGGUCAGCCUGGCCACGGGCGGUGAGAAGCUGCAGGAUGCCUACUACAUCCUCCAGGAGAUGGCUGACAAGUGCUCACCCACCCUGCUGCUGCUCAAUGGGCAGGCGGCCUGCCACAUGGCCCAGGGCCGCUGGGAAGCCGCCGAGGGCCUGCUGCAGGAGGCGCUAGACAAGGAUAGUGGCUACCCGGAGACGCUGGUUAACCUCAUCGUCCUGUCCCAGCACCUGGGCAAGCCCCCCGAGGUGACAAACCGGUACCUGUCCCAGCUGAAGGACGCCCACAGGUCCCAUCCCUUCAUCAAGGAGUACCAGGCCAAGGAGAACGACUUUGACAGGCUGGUGCUACAGUACACUCCCAGCGCCUGAGGCUGGCCCAGAGCUGUCAGGACCACGAAGCCAGGACAGAGGCCAGGAGCCCUGCAGCCCUCCCCACCUGGCAUCCACCCCGCAUCCCCUCUGGGGGCAGGAGCCCGCCCCCAGCACCCCCAUCUGUUAAUAAAUAUCUCAACUCCA